CUUGCCUGGGGACGACUUGUACAAUCUGUAGCAUAGCAGUGCUAUGUGAUGAACCAGAGUCAUUCCUUGAGGCGCCUCGGCUCGCUUGCGCAAUGACGUCUUUCUGGGGACGGACGAAACAAUGCGCUAUGCGCGCAGCACAACGCCCCGAACAUCCAUCAUCGUCCCAGGAUAAAGCUUCCUGAAUACACUCGAGGUACUCGCAAUAGUGCAUCUCACUCUCAACGCCUUCAAAAGAAAGCUUGCAGGCCUUCAAGACAGCUAUGGCAACAGCAACCCUUGCCGGAAGUACCGGCCUCGUCGGAUCGAAUAUUCUGAAUCAAGUCCUCGCUUCACCUUCCUUCUCCGCCAUCUACGCCUACUCCCGCCGCGAGCUCCCCAAUCCAAACGGUUCCACAAAGCUCAACCCCAUAACCUCAACCGACAACGCGCAAUGGCCCUCGCUUUUCCCGCGGGAAUCCAAGCCCAAAAUCCUCUUGAGUGCUCUAGGUACGACUCGCGCGGGGGCUGGCGGUCUCGAGGGACAAAGGAAGAUUGAUUAUGAGCUCAACUUGGAGCUAGCAAAGGCAGCGAAGGACGCUGGUGUGGAGACAUACGUUCUGAUCAGCAGUGGAGGAGCGAGCAGCACGAGCAUGAUGGCGUAUCCGCGCCUGAAGGGCGAGCUCGAAGAGGCUGUCAAAGCGCUCGAGUUCAAGCACACGGUCAUUCUGCGGCCCGGCCUGAUUGUGGGCGAGAGAAAUGAGAGCAGGCCUGCGGAGGCUGUUAUACGGGGCAUCGCUAAAGGCUUGAGGAGUCUCACGCCUGCUCUGACUAACUUCUGGGCUCAGGACGCAAGUGUGAUUGCUCGCGCUGCGGUCAACGCUGGAGUGCAGUGUAUAGAGGGCAAGAAAGAGGCGGGUGUUUGGGAGUUGGGACAGGCGGAUAUCAUCGCGUUGGGUAAGGCAUAAGGAUGGAGGGGGUGGCUACAGGCCAGAGGGACGAUUGACGGCGUCACGAUGCACAUUUGAUGUUCUAACUAGAUACCACCGGCAGUGUAAUACGCUCAUCUUCUUGUCUUCAUUACUGCCACCUCCCUGUGCCUCUGUCAAUGUCGUCAACGGUUUUUGGUGCCUUGGGCAUUCAUCAGGCCUCUGCAUAAUUCCCAACCCCGCCUUCACAUCAAGAUCGCUGAGCAUUACCAUGUGAACUCCUGCAGAUCUGCUUCUUUGUGCAGUGGCUGCAGUUGCUGCACUUUAAGCGUCUUGGCCAAUCAUAGCCUGCGCAAUCGGAAAUGCCAAAAGGCUAACCAAUCAUAAAACGAUGAAUAAUCUGAGA